GUUGGCGACGGAGACGAAACGCAAGCGCACCUGUCCUGGUCGUCCUGGUCGUCAACACCAGGAUUUAACCCAUCGCCCAAGAAGUCCGUCCGUCUCCUUCCAGUGCCGCGCGUAACUGCUAGCAGGACACAGUUCGAAUCGAAUCGACUACAACAUGACCCAUGGCAAUGACGGUGAUAGUCUAUCCAACGAAGGUAAUUCAUGUAAUUUUCCCGAGGAAAUCAGAGCUUAUCGCUCUCAUGUAGCACCGGAUCAUUGCGGAGCUCCGUGGACAACCACUUCCUCUGAACAUUUUACUUCUUACCCAGUGCCUCAACAUCAGUUCAAUUUUAUAGAAGAUUUGAAAAUCAGAAAACGAUCGUUUCUAAAGCAACAUGACCGAAUGGUAUUAGAGCCCAAGUUCGUUGACUAUGGUAGUAUCCAUCCAACAGCAGAUGUGCCUCAGCUUCAACAGCAUAACUCUUCACAUGCCUUAUUGAGCCCACGCUCAGUCCUAUCUCUACCUCCUCUCGACGACGAGGAACCGCCAAAUACCUCCAAGGGAACGAAUAUGACGCAAGGAGAUUUAUAUCAAAGACAGCCUUUAUUGCCUAAUCCGGGAAAGUCCGAUAAAUGGGGCCACGACGCACACAAUUCCUCCGGCCAGGAGUACUACGAGGACGAAGACGAUAUCAUUCAAAAAACAAACGAGAGCAAUGGCGUUAUCAAAAUCAACAUGCCACCUCCUAUACGGGAAGAACCGAGGUUCCCGCAGGAACGAUGGAAAACCCUGUUAGCUGCGAUAAUUAUGGCCUUUAACUUCGUACUGACGCUCACGUCUUUGUCACUUGUACAUGAACGGGUACCCGAUCGAAAGGUAUAUGGUCCCCUUCCUGAUGUGUUCCUCGACAACGUACCUGCUUUCGACUGGGCUUUAGAUGUAUCAGAGUAUAUUAUCAUAGUUUGUGUAAAUUCAUGUAUCAUCUCUAUCUUUUUUCACAAGCAUAGGUUUAUAGUAUUUAGGCGGAUAUUUUUAAUAAUGUCUCUACUGUACAUGUACCGAUCCAUCACCAUGUACGUCACGGUGCUACCAAUCGCAAGUAAAACGUAUUUUUGUUCACCAAAAUCAAACGAAACGUCUCCUUUAACGAUCGCCAAGCGAGUCCUUAGCCUCAUGUCCGGGUUCGGUUUGUCCGUGAACGGUAAACACGUUUAUUGCGGGGAUUUUAUCUACAGCGGCCAUACAGUCAUUUUAGUACUUAGUUACCUCUUCAUUGCAGAAUACACUCCGAAAAAAUUAUAUCCCCUACAUUGGUUUUAUUGGGUGUUGGGAAUCGUGGGGGUUGUGAUGCUUCAACUGUCACACGGACACUACACGGUGGACGUCAUCAUAGCGUAUUAUGUUACAACUAGGAUUUUUUGGACUUAUCACACACUUGCCAACAACGUCGGGCUUAAACAACAUUCGCCAAAUAAUUUGUUGGGCCGCGAGUGGUGGUACUGUUUCUUUCUGUAUUUCGAAGGGAACGUUGGAGGUCCCAUCCCGAGACAGUUCGACUGGCCCCUGCCGUGGCCUCGGCGGUUUCACUCGAAAAGUCGGGAUAGUUAGUGCAGUGUGUGUUUGAAAAAGUGGUGGAGAACUUUAUCAAAUUUUAUUAUAUGUGAUAAAAAUAAUGUGUAGCGCCUUAAACUGACUUGCUCUUUAUACAUAUUUAUCUAUUUACCUAUACAUACUGUUAGAUCUUUCUGAUAUUUUUAUUACAUCAGUGUAUUUCAGUGGAACAGCAGGACAUAAACGGUUUUACAAGGGUGGGUUCAUGAUGUAUUUUUUGAGUUGCAUUUUCGGAACGUCUUUUGUAUUUUAGUUAGGACUGCCGCGAGCAGAACACACGAUUUAAUAAGGAAACGAAAUUAAAGCAAAAUUGUGCCAAGUAACGUAAGAAUCUCUGAAAAGUGAAAAAACUUUUUAAUGUAAUUUUCUUAUUAAAUCUUUCGAUUGAAUCAAAGUUCCAUUUUUAAUUUGUGAUAAUAACAGUAGAAUGCAGUGUUUUUAAAUGAAAUUGUUAGCUAGGAACCUAUUUUGUUACGAGUGUACAAUGAAGACUACACUUACAUAUUUACAGACUUUGCGAAGGAAUCUCCGAUUUUUUACGAAUAUUUUCAAGUGAAUUUUAUCAGAAUCUCGGUCGUUUUAUACUCACAUGUUCAGUUAAUGACAACACUCAUUCACGGUAUUAAUAUCUAUCAAGGAAUUGGUGUUUCUUUGUGAUAGAAGUUGGACGCAACUUCACCUUAUGUAGGUAAAGAAAUAUAUUGUAAGCUUUUAGAUCUGUGAAUAUAAUAUUUUAGAGUGUCACUCUCUUGCCUAAAAUAACCUCUUGAGAUGUUCAAAUCUGAGUUAUUGUAUUUUUUGUAUGAUUAUGUUGUCGCUGUUUUGAGUUCGUUAUUUGAAGGUAACCAUUGAAACUAAAUUUCUACCAUUAAUUUAGUUUUAGGUCUAAAUAAUUUUUAUCUCACAGUUGUGAUGGUUUGUAGUUGCAAAGAAUACUAUAUCAAUGUUGGUUUCAUAUUAUACAUUGUUGAAAUAAACUGAUAUUUUAUU